AUGCCCACAGUCUGGCGAGACGCAGUGCGAGGGCCACGGUCUCACUACUUAGAUCUCACUGGUAGGCGAAACGACGUCCGCCUGCGCUCUGGACACGGCCUGGAAGCCGCGCUGGUCACGGGGCCGACGCGCCGCAUCAACAGACGUCAACAGAGACCGAGACCCUUUGUUGCCGUCGUAUCCGUGCACAACCAGUCCGAAAGGGUAACUCCCGACGAUUUCCGGACAAAGGAAAGGGAUGCCGUCGACAGUGUUGGUAAGAACGUCGGCGUGUGUGAGCGAAUGAGUGAACGCGGUGGCGUCGAGUCGCCGACAGCGCGGAACCAGUGCAACGAACCGAAGGGCAGCCACUCAGGCCGCGCCCGUCAGGCGAAGCGUGUAGUAUACCCCUCCAGCCGCGAGAAUGACUCACAAGUUGCGGACGGUCGUUACACGGUGCUCCAGGCUCGGGAACUGAUGCUCAAUGGGUGGUACGCGCGGCUUGUGGUAGAUAACGAGGGCGUGCGGAUCUACAUCCACGAAGUCAUCCCACGCUCCGGCUUCAAUCCCAGAACCAGCAUCUCGACAUACAGCAGAACGUCAUCCGCGCCCCACAGCGGCGGGAAGCGAGGAUCACAGGACGCGCCGUCGUCGACGGGUCCUCAAGCUUUAUCUGCGGCCCACUGCGUAAACCGAGUGCGGCCUUUCGCACACGCGGCUUCACGCCGGGUGAGAUCGCCUACCCCGGUCGACCGUGGCCGUUUUGAGCCGUACGUGGCACUCAUGCGCGACGGCGACCUCUGUCUGAUGCGAGCGGCUCCGGGUCGUGGGCGACCAUCACGAGUAGCAAGUAGCAUAGGAGAUGAGAUAUUCGCGCGUACACGACGUGAGUGCGACUCACCUGAAUGCGAGGCGGGGUGUGCGCACACGGGAGAUGCUGCAGGGAAGGACGGACGUUCGAAGCGGCUGAGGCGGGAGGACAAGCCUUUAGAGAGAACGCGCGGAACGGGCACGAGCGCGUAUGAGAUGUCUCCGGGGCGGGUAGGCAGUGAUUCCGACGCCACAAAGACGAGUCAAGAGAGCGAAGCGCGUGAGGAGCAAUCUCCUACGUCGUGA